UUUCCUACAGCAUCUGUGUGAAGGCGAGGAACAAGGAACCCAAUAAAUAUGGUCAGAAAAAUUGUAAACAAACUACGACCAAUAGCGGCACUCCCUUCUUUACGGGAGAACCCUGGUGCGGUCACAAUCAGAAAAUCUACCAGAGAUACGUCAUUCAUAUCAAUUCCUCUACCUUCGAUGAAAGCAAUGGCAAAAUCAGGAAGCAAGAAAUAUUAUUCGCUAAAGCUAACGAAAAGCUGAAAGUAGUUGACGUGAAAUCACCGCUCCCGAAGAACCAGUCCUUGUUCGCAUUCGAAGAUUUAGAGCCCGGGACUAUGUACAAAUUCGCCAUCAGGAUCUCCACCACUGAAAGAGAGAAGAGAUCCGAAAUUUGCAGAUUCCAGACUGAAGAUGCCCCAAUCAGCGCUACACUGAAGGCUUGUUUAACGAUAUUAGUGAUCGCACUGGUUGUCGCUGCUGUUGUCAUGCUCUACAAAAAUCGCCUAUUCUCUCAUGUCAAAGCAAGCACUUCCAUGGAGCUUCCUCUGGUAGUCACUUACCCCCCAGACGUCGCCACCGAGAGACGGAUCCUGGUCAGCAACCUCCUCGAUACAGUCACUGAACUCCACAAGGAUGGAGGCCAGCAACUUAUCUUGGAGUACAAUGAACUCAAAUCCAUCAGUCCAGCAAAGUCCACACACCAUGCAAGUCUCGGCAUCAACGAUUAUAAGAACCGUUACAUCAACAUCCUGCCGUUUGAUGACAGCCGUGUAAUUCUGAAUGAGUACAGGGGAAUCCCCGGCAGUGAUUAUAUCAAUGCCUCUUACAUCCACGGAUACAUUAAGCCAAAGGAGUUUAUAGCUAGCCAGGGACCCAAGGAGGAACUAAAAGAAGACUUUUGGAGGUUGGUGUGGGAGAAAAACGUCCACGUCAUCGUCAUGGUCACCCAGUGUGUGGAGGCUAACAAGGAUAAGUGUUGCACGUACUGGCCCUCGGCAUCAAACGUGCAGGGCUGGCGUCUCGGAUUCACGAAACUUCACGUUCGAACGGUGCUCGAGGUGAACCAUCAACCAGGCGGAUACAUCACCAGGAAAUUUGAGCUGUCCAAGGGUUCACGCAGUCGUGUCAUCCAGCAUUUCCACUAUGUUUCGUGGCCUGACAUGGGCUGCCCUCAGACCCCCGAUCAGCUAAUUCAGUUCGUCAAGGUAGUGAGGACCGCCAUCCCUCGGGAGAGUUCACACACGCUCAUCCACUGCAGCGCUGGGGUGGGUCGCACAGGGACAUUCAUAGCCCUAAGCAACCUAAUGGACGAGAUGGAGGCUGAUGGAAGCGUCGAUGUGUUCCACUGUGUGUACAGAAUGCGCCACCAUAGGACCAACAUGGUGCAGACACAGUCGCAGUAUUCUUUCGUCUACAAAUGCAUCUUGAAGCAUUAUCUAGACUCCAUAGGCGAAAGUGACAAGUACUGCUUAGAGGAUUCCGAAUCAGCCAGUCUGAAUACCAACGUGAGCGUGAUUCAAGACAAUCCCUAUUUCAUGAAAGACGAAUAUAAAGAGGACGAGGGACUCAUUCCAUUCACCGAUGAUGAGGAAGAGGAGGACGACGAGGAGAAGAAGGAGAAGGAGAAGGGAAGAGGCGAAGACAAAGCCAAAGUCAACGGAAACGGACAGCGCGAGGAGGAAGAAGCAGCACUUAUUGAGGAAAAACAUGAUGAUAAAGUGAAAGCAAACGGACUGAUAAAGACUGAGGAGAACAAUGAAGGUGAAUGGGAGGAUAUUAAUAUAGAGGAAAAUGAAAGGAAUGGAGGCGAAAGCAAAAGCGAGAACAAAGUCUUGCAAUUGAAUGGAAAUUAGAAAUCUGAAAUUCUGAUUGAUUAUUGUGCGGUUAGAGAGACAGAUUUCAUUUGAAGUUAAGAACUACUUUGUUCAUGCUUCACCUGUCUGACUUGCAGAAAUUUGUAAUAUAAAAAAAGGUAUUAAUAUGUAACUUACAGAAAUUUGUAAUAUAGGAAAAAAAAAUAUAUUGAUGUGUGAUUUACAGAAAUUUGUAAUAUAAGAAAAAUAUUGAUAUGUAACAGAAAUUUGUAAUAUAAGAAAAAAAAUAUAUUGAUGUGUGAUUUACAUAGAUUUGUAGCAUAAAAAGGAUAUAGUUACAUAAACAAUUUAGAACUUUUUCAUUCUAUAAUAAGAAAGUCCAUGGUUAACUUUCAGUAUCAUUUAUUAAUUGUUAUAAAUAGUGUAAUGUGAAGGUGUCAUUCACUAUAGGAAAGAACACUCAAUUUAAAGGUUCUAAUUAAUUGAUUUCUGAGAGAUGAGUUUUAUUAUGGACAUUAGCAGGUAAUCCAUAAAUGUAAAUACUGUUAAUAUUUAUAUUGUUAGUCAAUGUAUAAACAUUACAAAUAUUUUAUAAGGUAACUUUGAAAACCAUGAUUCACAUUAUCUUAAUCUGUUUGUGUGUGAAUGAUGUAUGCACACACACACACACACACACACACA